CGGGAGGUGGGGGUGUGAAACGGAGAGGCCGGGCGCAUGCGCAACGCCUCGCGAAUCCGAAGCUAUGGCGGCGGCGGUGGGGGUCGCCGAGACGUCGCUCGGGGAUCAGAUGGGAGAAUUUUUCAGACCUCCAAGCAAACAUCAUGGCAAGACCUGACGGGGAGUCAACGCUGAGCAUCCGGAUCUGAGUUGCCAUUGGGCCCCUGAACGCACAGCAAGAAAUGUGUGUCCGCUUGGUGCCUGGGAAGAGGUUUCCAACCUUGGUGUGACUGGAUGAAGCCACCAGGAGUGCACCCACGCCCGGGCGAGAGCGUUCCGGCAAAUGGACCGUUGGAACCGAAUCGUUUUUAACGCGGCACAAAAUCAGGACAAAACCGUCGUCGCUGCGAACAGCGGUGGGAAACCGGGGGCCCGCGUCCCGUGCGGAUGAGGCUUCAGUCGGCUGCAUGGAGAAACCGUGGAAAUGCGGGGACUGCGGGAAGAGUUUCAAUUACCCUUCCUGGCUGGAAAUCCACCGGCGUGUCCACACCAAGCCCGGGCCGGCGGAGAAACCGUGGAAGUGCGAGGAGUGCGGGAAGGGGUUCCACUACCCUUCGCUGCUGAGGAACCACCAGCAGCGCGUCCACACUGGGCCCAGGGAGAAACCGUGGAAGUGCGAGGAGUGCGGGAAAGGGUUCAGCUACCUGUCCCUGCUGCGGAACCACCGGCGGGUCCACACCAGACCCAGGCAGAAACCCUGGAAGUGCGAGGACUGCGGCAAAGCGUUUGGUCACCGUUUCCUGUUGGACAGCCACCAGCGAGCCCACGCUGGGCCCGGGGACAAGCCGUGGAAGUGCCAGGACUGCGGCAAGGGUUUUGACUACCCGUCCUGGCUGGAGAUCCACCGGCGGGUCCACACGGCGCCCCCUGGCGCCGGGGACAAGCCGUGGAAGUGCCAGGACUGCGGCAAGGGGUUCGACUACCCGUCCCGGCUGGAGAACCACCGGCGGGUCCACGCAGCGCCCCCCGGGGAGAAGCCGUGGAAGUGCCAGGACUGCGGCAAAGCCUUCUGCUACCCGUCGCUGCUGGAGAACCACCGGCGGGUCCACACGGCUCCCCCAGGUGCCAGGGAGAAGCCGUGGAAGUGCCAGGACUGCGGCAAGGGGUUCUGCUACCCGUCGCUGCUGGAGAUCCACCGGCGGGUCCACACCGGGGAGAAGCCGUUCACCUGCUCGCUGUGUGGGAAGGGAUUCACCAUGUCGGCCUGCCUGCUCUCCCACCAGCGGACGCACACUGAGGAGAGGCCCUACAGCUGCCCUGCCUGUGGCAAGUGGUUCAGAUCCUCCUCCGACCUCAACGUGCACCGGCGAGUCCACACUGGCGAGCGGCCGUUCACCUGCCCGGUCUGCGGCAAGGGCUUCUCCUGGUCGUCCAGCCUGCGCUCUCACCAACGGGCCCACGCCGAGAAGCCACUGGGCUGCGGCCGCUGCGGCAAGCGGUUCCGGCAUGCCGCCAGCCUGGCCGAACACCAGCGGGCCCACACCGGCGAGAGGCCGUUCGCCUGCCCGGUCUGCGGCAAGGGCUUCACCGGGCCCACCAGCUUCCAGAGGCACCAGCGGGUCCACACGGACGAGAGGCCGUUUGCCUGCCCCGAGUGCGGCAAGAGGUUCCGCCAGGCGUCCGACCUCACCUCCCACCGGCGGGUCCACACCGGCGAGCGGCCCUUCGGCUGCCCGGCGUGCGGCAAGCGCUUCACCAAGUCCUUCAGCCUGCUGCGCCACCGGCGCCUCCACACCGGAGAGAGGCCGUUCACCUGUCCGGGCUGCGGGGCAGGCUUCACCCAGCUGGCCAACCUGCGGGCCCACCAGCGGAUCCGCAAGUGCCCGCCGCCGCCGGUCUCCCCAGCCGCCGGCGAGAAAUAGCUGCCCUGCCCGGCCACCGGUUGCGAUAGCCUGCCCCCCGUCGCGUUAGACCUCACUCCCGUGUUUCUUUUCCACUUUGAAAGCGAACGCGGUUUCCCCUCUCGUCCCUGUUGGGGCCCGAGGAAACCUCUUGAGCUCCAAGGCUGAGGGAGGGAGGCCUGGGCAGGGAUGGAAUGCCUGGGCUCACUGGCUGCUCCUGCCGCUCCUCCCUGUCGCUCUCUGGCUUCGAAAUUUGACCCCGACCCGUCCAAAAGCGAAAAAGGACGUUGCAACGCAUCGCUCCCACCUCGCUCCACCGGGAGGUCCUUGUUGAAAAAUGCAGUGAACCUUUAUUAUUAUGAUUAUUAACCAGCACCCACGGUACCAGGAGUUGUGCCAGUAUUCCUGGAUCGUCAAGAUUGGGUGACACUUCUGCCAAUGCCAGGGGUUUAGAUACACCACUGUUGUAUUUCUUUUUAGAGCGUAAAUACUCCCAACAUUGCAUUGUAUGAUUUAUCAAGAGCGCCAGUGGCUAUGGUGCUGGAUGAAACAAAGGUUUGCUCUACUGCGGCUCCUCGCACAUCAUUGGCAGACAAACGGGGGUGGGGUUACCGUUAUCCACAGCGAUGAGAGAAGGGUGUUUAAUCUGAAAUGCUGGCCGGAUUCUGACGUGAAACUUCUGAGCAGAAGUGUCAACCUUUUGAAGACCGGGCUAUGGUUUUGUUUUCUCUCCACAGCUGCAGAGCAAAAUAAAACGGGACUUUAAAGAUAACCGUUGGCCUCCGGGAAGUGGUGGGGGAGGGGGGGGGGAAACAACCUGGAAUUCGCGAGCUGUGGAAAUGUCCACCCUUUCUUAACGCCCAGGACGGCCGAAGCGCUCUCUGACAACCACUUCGAAAGAAAUUCCCUGUUACGCUGCACGUGUGUCACCGUUGAGAGCCAUCCACCUCUGGGACGUUUGGGAGUUGAUAUCCCUUGCUGCGCUGGGGCCUGGAGCCACAUGUAGGCCAACUCCUUUGCUGAAUGACUGGAGUGAACCCGAGGAGUUUAACUUUUUUAUUAAACUGCAGUUGUUACAUGAUUUUAAUUACAGACUUUGCCAGAUCCAAAAAUCUCACCACCUCCCCCCUGUCUGUAGCAGGACUGUUCCAUCUCCAGAACUUUAGCCCGAGCCUCUGGAUCACUGUUCCAACGAACCGCGUUUACAGUUUUAUUUGAAGCUGGUUGAAAAGGAAGACCGAAAGUUGUUUGAUGGGGAGCCUUUGCUUGCCUCUUUCUGCAGGCAAGCAGAGACUCUGACCCCCGCCCCCCCGCGACAACUUAGCAAUUGAUAUGAUCUUUGCAGCGCGGAAAGAGGCUGUUCGGUCCAUCAGGCCUACACCGAACCCUCUGAGGAGCAUCCUACCCCCUAGCCUGUUUCCCAAGGCUCAUCCACCCAGCCUGCGCAUCUUUGGAUGCGACAGGGCAAUUUAGCACGGCCAACCCACCCCAAUCUGCACACUUUUGGACUGUGGGAGGAAACCCACGUAGACACCGGGUGGAAGAAGAGAAUGUGCAGUCUCCCCACACGGAGAGUCACCCCCAGGGUGGAAUUGAACCCAGGUCCCUGGCGCCGUGAGGCAGAAGUGCUAACCACUCUGCCAUCCCAUUUGUUAUUUCACCGAAUCUCUGUGGUGUGGAAACUGGCCAUUUGGUCCAACAGGUCUACACAGAUCCAUUCCCCUAUCCUAUCCCUGCAUUUCCCAUCAUUAACACACCUGACCUAUACAUCCCUGAACACUGCAGGGCAAUUUAGCAUGGCCAACCCACCCAACCUGCACAUCUUUGGACUGUGGGAGGAAACCCACGCAGACAGCCACCCAAGCAGGGAAUUGAACCCAGGUCCCUGGCGCUGUGAGGCAGCAGCACUAACCACUGAGCCGCCGUGCCUUGCGAGUGUGAAUUGCCUCCAGACUGCAAGUGUUUCUGACUUCAGGCAUCACAGAAUUGCAAGAGGAGGCUAUUUGUCCCAUGUUGUCUACACCAGUUCUGUCCCUGUGUGCCAAUCUUCUCCCUUUUCCCGUAUCCCUGUCUGUCCCAGUAAGCCUCCAGUGCUCCUCUCCAAUGCCCGAAUCGAACCUGCCCUCCGCCACAUUUCCGGGGCCAUCCAUUCCAUUAUCCUGAGAAUAUUAAAUUGGAUGGUGCAGUUCCACCAGGAUUUCCCAAAUGAGAUGGAAUACGUGGACUGUCCCAUUUACACCGACAGACGUAAAAGCAAGAAACCCACCCCAGGAAAUGACUUAUCUUGGUCUAGUUCAAUGAAUACAUCAGCCUGACACCCAUGGACAUUUUCGAGAAAGGCUAAAGAUUGCAAGAAGAUAGCUUUCUGUCAGAUGUUUGUAUCCUUCCCACAUCAGUGUUUUUUUUAAAUUAAACUGAAGUAGAGACCUAUUACCUAUUCCAAGGAAACUGACACUGCCGUACACCUGGAUCAAUAUUCCCUGAUCCAGGACCACUUAAAGCAUUCUCUCCUGUUAUAGGUUGUUUGUCAUUCCUGCCAGUUUACUGUAAAUAUCUAAACUGAUGCUUCUUAAUAAAAUUUCAUUAAAAUCA